AUGAAGACCACAGCAACGGUGUUUGCUUUGGCAGGGUUGCUGUCCGGUGCGACAUCGAUUCCUACCGAUGUUACCAAGGAUGUAUCGCCCGUGAUCCGGUCGCUCCCAAAUGCCCCCAACGGAUACACGCCAGACAAUGUCACUUGCCCUUCCAACCGUCCCGAGAUUCGUCUUGCGACAAACCUGUCGCCAAACGAGACUUCAUGGCUCAAAACCCGCCGGGACAAAACCCAGUCGGCUUUGAAAGACUUCUUCGGCCAUGUCAGCGUUGGAGACUUCGAUGCGGUCGGAUACCUUGAUCGAAUCUCGAGCAAUUCUUCAAAUCUGCCCAACAUCGGAAUUGCGGUCUCUGGUGGAGGAUAUCGUGCUUUGAUGAAUGGCGCAGGAGCCAUUAAAGCCUUCGACAGCCGUACGGAUAACUCGACUAGCGAAGGUCAAUUGGGUGGUUUGUUGCAAUCGGCGACAUACCUGGCUGGUCUUAGUGGUGGUGGUUGGCUUGUCGGAUCGAUUUUCGUCAAUAACUUUACUACCAUCUCGGCGCUGCAGUCGUCCGGGAAGGGAGGUGUAUGGCAGUUUCAGAAUUCCAUUUUCGAGGGCCCAGAUGAGGGCAGCAUCCAACUCUUGGAUUCGGCGAGCUACUACAAUGACAUCUAUGACUCUAUUGAGGCGAAGGGGAAUGCUGGCUUUGAGACAUCAAUCACAGACUACUGGGGACGUGCGCUGUCUUAUCAACUAGUUAAUGCUUCAGAUGGCGGCCCCAGCUAUACCUGGUCAUCGAUUGCCCUCGGCCAGGAGUUCCAGGAUGCCAACAUGCCGUUGCCGAUUUUGGUCGCGGACGGCCGAUUCCCUGGUGAAUUGGUCGUCAGCAGCAAUGCAACCGUAUAUGAGUUCAAUCCCUGGGAAUUUGGUAGUUUUGAUCCUACCGUUUUUGGAUUUGCACCUUUGGAGUACGUUGGCUCAACCUUCGUCAACGGCUCCAUCCCGUCGAAUGAAACUUGUGUUCGUGGGUUCGACAACGCUGGAUUUGUGAUGGGCACUUCCUCGAGUCUGUUCAACCAAUUCUUCCUUCAACUCAAUGAUACUGGCCUUCCGGAUUUCUUGACGAGCGUUAUCGGCGACGUUCUUGAACGCAUCGGCAGAGAAGAUGACGACAUUGCUGUAUACUCGCCUAACCCUUUCUACGGUUGGUUACCGGAACAUACGGCUUAUUCACACGAGGAAAAUCUCGACGUUGUAGACGGCGGAGAGGAUCUUCAGAACAUUCCUCUACACCCGUUAAUCCAGCCGAGCCGUCACGUCGAUGUCAUCUUCGCUGUUGAUUCUUCGGCAGAUACUGAGUAUAGCUGGCCAAAUGGCACCGCCCUUGUCGCCACAUACGAACGUAGCUUGAACUCGAGUGGUGUGGGCAACGGUACUGAAUUCCCUGCCGUUCCGGAUGCCACCUCGUUCGUCAACUUGGGAUUGAACUCACGCCCAACCUUCUUCGGAUGUGACAGCAAAAACACCACGGCCCCUCUUGUUGUCUACCUUCCCAACAAGCCUUUUAGCUAUCUUUCCAACUUCACGACCUUCACGCCUGACUACAGCCUCGAUGAGAGGGACAGCGCCAUUCAGAACGGCUACGAUGUUGCGACUAUGGGUAACAGCACAACAGACAGCGACUGGUCUGCUUGCGUCGGCUGUGCGAUCCUUAGCCGCUCUUUUGACCGGACCAACGAGAACAUUCCUGAUAUUUGCACCCAGUGCUUCAACAGGUAUUGCUGGGAUGGCACUACCAACACCACUACUCCAGCCGAGUAUGCUCCUAGCACUAUCAUUGAGCAGAGCACUGCGUCCGCCGCUUUCCCUACUGUUUUGACAAGCAUACUCGCUGCGAGUGUUGCGAUUAUCACGAUGGCAUAG